GAGAGCAGGUUACUCCACGAUUUGCUCAUCGGUGACUGCCGACGACUUUCCGCAAGUACGCGUCUGAGUAUUCAGAGAUCACUACGGAUGCCAAGUUUUGCAAAACAAGUCCGCGAGUUCGCAGGUCAUCUUGUCAUCCCGCGCAAUUUUGAUAUCUUUUUCACCCUUUAUACGACCUACAAAACACCGAACCGACGGCUCAUGGUGUUCUCUGCGUACCGAAAAUUAUCCCUGUACCUCUAGAUAUAUUUUCCCGGGCCGCCGUCUUAUCACGCGCUGUCCAAGGAAAUUCUGUAUAUAUAGACCUUGCCUCAACCCAGUCGAUCCAAAGAGUCAGUCAUGCUUUCCAUUGUGUUCACUGCUAUCCUCUGUGUCCAAGCAGCCUGGGCUUACAGCUCGCCACCCUCUGGUGCCAUUACUGUCGGUAGCUCUGGGACGUACUCUACCCUCACAAAGGCAUUAGCAGACACCUCUAGCAGUGUUUACUUCAUUUACUCUGGCACGUACACUGGCCAAACGCUUCAUCUCGCGAAGCAACAUCAAAAUUUAUGGUCAGACCAGCACGGCCGACAGCUACACCAGCAACUACCUGUCACCUUGACCAACUCCCUCGGUGCCGACGACGCUGGUUCCAACGAUGCAAGUGGCACCGUCCGUGUUCACGGUUCAAACGUUGCCCUUUACAAUGUGAAUAUCGUGAAUUCCCUCGGUGAGGGCGUAAGUGACCAAGCCAUUGCCCUGAGUGUUCAGGCAACCCAGUUCGGUGGUUACGGUUUGAAAAUUAUUGGAUAUCAAGAUACUUUGUUGGCCAAUGUGGGCUACGAAUUUAUCGCCAACUCUUACAUUGAAGGUAACACUGACUUUAUUUUCGGACAAACCGCAUCGCUCUGGAUUACUGGUUCCGUCAUUCAUACUUUGGGUUAUGGAUGGAUUACCGCCUCUGGACGAAGCAGCAGCGACAGUAACUGGUAUGUUAUCGACAGUAGUGAAAUCUCUGGAACCGGGGAUGCCUACCUCGGAAGGCCAUGGAAAAACUAUGCUCGAGUCGUUUUCCAGAAGAGUUACCUCCACAGCAACGUCCCUGCCGCAGGAUGGUCCAUUUGGAACACUGGUGAUGAACGCACCGACCAUGUCACUUUCGCGGAAUAUGGCAACUCUGGUGCUGGUGCUGACACUUCUUCGCGUGCAAGCUUCUCCGAGGUUCUGAGUAGUGCUGUAAGCAUCUCAACCGUGCUGGGCUCCACGAGCUGGAUCGAUUCAGAUUUCUUGUAG